AUGGAGCUCAGUGCAGACUGUGAUUGGUCAGAGGAAGGCCAGGGCGUGGCUUACCUGCCUGCCGCUUCCUGGAGGCUCCAAGGGCUCACCUGGUGUCACUUGCCCCAAGGCAGAGAUCGGGGACUGGAGGGAAGCUGACUGCACAUUAGACCACAGCCAUGCCAGAGCGACAAGACACGCCUCUGGUAAGUCAUUAUGUUAGCGACUGUAAGCGCCUCACAUCUUAUGAGAACAGGUUGGUCAAACUCUCCAACACAUACACGUGUCUAUGUUGAUUUGUUGUCAUUUUAUUUUCAUUUGAGUGUGCAGGCACUAAUCUAUGUUUAUGUCUGUGGUAAAGUGCUCCGCUUUUAAGAAUCACUUAUUCUCUGACAUCAAUUUGUUUCUUGGAAAUAUUAUUUCACAACUUAUUACAGAGAUGGCAAAUUGUAUAUUUUUACAGUUAUUGUUUACAGGUGCAGUUUGGAUGCAUUACGGCAUUCUUCUUUGUGACUUGUAGACAUGUUGUAAUCAUAUGAUUCAUGGUGUAAUGUUGCUCUAGUCUAGCGGAAUGUCUCUACAGAUAAUAUGAUAAUAUCCGUAGUGACAUUCCACUAGAGUGUAUAAUCAUAGAAUAUAAUCAAGUGCUAUAUUCACUUUUGAAAAUGUCUUGAAAUGCCACUUGGAAUAUUGUUCCUGUGUGUACGUUGGUGGACCCACUCUUUGAUGGUAAACACGGAGUGUGGCUUUCAUUCCUGUUGGGGGUUUAAACUGUGGAAAUACUCAGUGAUACUCAAAUAGCUGUGGGACAAAUUCGGUUUAAUUUAACAUUUCCUGUGGGCCUUAACAUAAAUUACUAGUUUUAACAAAAGAAAAGUCAACAAUACUCUACCUUACAUUCAAAAUAUUUUUAAUUAUUAAAGUGGUAGAACGCUUAUGUGAGCUCAUAGAAAUCUGCAUUAAUUUGGGAACAAAUUAUGACGUAGUGUGCAUCAUACUUACGGAGACUGUAGAGUUCGUCGAAGUUGCCUCGUCAAACUCAUAACCUCAUUAAUUGAGUGAUAAUGGCCCACUAAUCUAGUUGAAAUUACCCAGAACUCAAAAUGGUGCCGUAUACAGGAAGCAGACUCAAGCCUGCAUGCCUCUAUGCUGAGGAGCAUACCGUACACAUAUACAAACAGGCACCCACGUAUUCCCUCUCCAUUCUCCACUUUCACCCUCUCACACACACACACACACACACACACACACACACACACACACACACACACACACACACACACACACACACACACACACACACACACACACACACACACACACACACACACACACACACACACACACACACACACACACACACACACACAUCCGCCCACACACACACACACACACACUCACAGUCUUGUACAGCUAACCUUGUGGGGACAUACAAUUCAGUCCCAUUCAAAAUCCUAUUUUCCAUAACCCUAACCCUAAACCUAACCCUAACCCUAACCCUAACCUUAACCUUAACCCUAAACCUAAAACUAACCCUAUCUCCUAACCCUAAUCCUAAACCUAAUUCUAACCCUAACACUAAUUUUAACCUUAACCCUAAACCCCCUAGAAAUAGCUUUUGAUCUUGUGGGGACCAACAAAAUGUUCCCAGUUUGUCACAUUUUUCUUGGUUUACUAUUCUUGUGGGGACUUCUGGUCCCCACAAGUAUAGUUAAACACGUCCACACACACACACACACACACACACACACACACACACACACACACACACACACACACACACACACACACACACACACACACACACACACACACACACACACACACACACACACACACACACACACACACACACACACACACACACACACACACACACACACACACACACACACACACACACACACACACACACACACACACACCCUCUUCACUUGAUGUCACAACUCUUCCUGUGACCUUGCAUGCAAAUGUUAUGUUUGCAUGGACAAUGGUCCUUUCCCCUGACACAGUCCCUCCUGCCCCUCAUUCAAAUAAGACUCUUCCCGAGACCAGACUCACUUUUACAUCAAAAAGCGAUCAUGACAAAAUGCACGCCCAUCAGCAUGUCUUAACCCUCUACUGCAAAUCGUUGCCCUAGGCAACACCUUCCUGUAGGUUUCUUUGUGUUGCCUCAGGGCAACGAUGUCAUUUUGGCUACUUUUCAGGGCAAUAUCAUGUUCAAUGAAAGACAUGUAAUUUGAUGUAAAAUGAUGGCCUUGGUCAAUAUUUUUGCCACUGACAUUCACAGAAAAUGGACACAGGGACAUGGGCGAAAGGAGCCUCAUCGAGCAGUUAGGAUCAUACCCUCUGAUAGUGAGGACAGUGAGCUUCAGGACAGUGAGCUUCAGGACAGUGAGCUUCAGGACAGUGAGCUUCAGGACAGUGAGCUUCAGGACAGUGACAGAGAGGAAGAAUGGACCUAGGUUUAGAGGCAGUGAAAUACUAUUUUAUGACCAACUUGUAUUUUCUUAUGAAAAUAGUUCAUUUUUCUACUAUGUUCCCCUUAAUCAAUGUACCCUUAUGGCAAUGCGCUGCCCUGAGGCAACACAAACAUUUCUGGGGCCUAAAUCUUCACCCAAAAAAAAAAGGAUGAAAUAUUUUUUGGGGUGAAAAACCAAAGUGUGUGCAGUAGAGGAUUAAAUUAGUUGGGGGGUUGGAUCUUUGCCCAUAACCUGUCCAAACUAUUGGCCAUGAUCCAAAUACAUUUGACUGAGUUGCCAGUGAGGCCAAAUGCGGUAAUAAACUGAAGCUGCUUGUUGUUUGCAAGGCCAAUUGUUUUUGCUGUGCAGGUAUCUCUUCCCAUUUCUUAUGAUCGUCUUUUACCAGACAUCCCAGGCAAAUGAGCACUGUUGAGCAAUGUUGACUCAGAUGCAAAUUCUUAAUCGCUGCCAAUAGGAGACAAAUAUUUUAUGGUUCUUCUUUUGCAGCAGUCUAAUCUCACCUGACAGCCAACAUUUAGCCCAGUAAGGGAAAGAAUAUAAAUUAAAUCCAGCAGUCUAAUCUCAUCUGACAGCCAACCCUCAGCUCUGAGGUGAGUGGCAUUCAUCAAUUGAUAAGAAAAAUAAAUGUCAACCACUCCUUUCAGUAACAUGAUGGAGCAACUUUUCUGGUAUUCAACAUACAUCGCAGACAAUGCUGGUCACCUCUCCUCCUCUCCCUGUCCAUCUAACGCCCUCUGAUAACAUCCUCUCAUUUCAUUCACAUCCUUAUAAUAGCUGCCCUAUUAAGGUGCAUAGUGCAGCAGUUACAUUUGCCUUUGAAUAUAGUUGGUUGGAACGUGCACGGAUAAAGGGUUACUGACACUGGGUUUAUUCAGGUCUCAGUAUACAUAAGCAGGGAAGAUCAUGAUAUGAAAAAAAUCACCUCCAAGGAAACAUGUUUGACAUUGCUUCUUGGGGAACGUAGUAUCCAUAUUUCCACUGACUGACUAAUGCAUGGGCCUACAUAGUUCAAUAUCUUGCUGAAUAUGUUUUUAUAUGACUUGCAAAACAGUCAUGUGUAGCUUGCUAGCUAGCACACUCACUCAUUUGUUUUUUAAACAAAUGAACAAGCUAGCUAGCACAUUGUCCGACUCUGCUCUUGGUUCAUUUGUUGUGAUUUGUUGCCCUAUGUUUGUAUAUUUUUAAAUUGUUAAACAAAUUUAGGGUAGGAGGCAACUUGAGCUCAGAGGCCCCCCCCCCCCCGGCCUCGCGGGGCGUCCUACACCUCUGUGUCUAGCUUUCAUUCUACAGAGUGCUUGUGGUUCGUUAUGAGGACAGAACUCAGGAAGGAAGCCUUUUGCAUGCAGAGGGAAAAUGCUAACUGCUUUUGCAUAUAGGUCUAAGAAGAUGCCUCACACCUGUCAUCAGCAGCAGUGUGACUGGUGAAUGAUGCUGGAUUACAUUUACCUGUCUGUGGGGUAAAGGUCAUGCUGUGCAUUAUGGGUGCUGUGUCUAUAGGGGGAGCUACCGCUGCAGAGGCGAUGCCCACGAUGCGGGGAUAUACUGGAAUGGUCACGGGAGCAAAGGUAGGCGUGGUUUCUGUUUGUUUGUUUGUCAAAGUGGAUUGUGAAUGACUGUACUGUAAAUACUACUGUAUAUGAUGGACAAUGUGUCUGUGUAUAAUGUGUAUUCUGUAUGUAUAAUGUGUCUAUAUGUAUAAAAUAUAUUCUGUAUGUAUAAUGUGUCUAUGUGCUGUGGCAGUGCUCUGUUGGCCUGCCGUUGCUACUCCCAGCUGGAUGAGGCCGUGGAGAGUGUGGCUGGAGGCCGAGGCCUGGGUGCUAGCAGGGGGGACACGGAGAGGGACCACUGGGCAGCAGGACGAGUGGGGGACAUAGACUUCACUGGCACCAGUAGGACAAGGGGAAAGGUAACACUGCUACAAUUACAAGGUAACACUGCUACAACCACAAGGUAACACUGUUACAACCACAAGGUAACGCUGUUACAACCACAAGGUAACACUGUUACAACCACAAGGUAACACUGUUACAACCACAAGGUAACACUGCUACAACCACAAGGUAACACUGUUACAACCACAAGGUAACGCUGUUACAACCACAAGGUAACGCUGUUACAACCACAAGGUAACACUGUUACAACCACAAGGUAACGCUGUUACAACCACAAGGUAACACUGUUACAACCACAAGGUAACGCUGUUACAACCACAAGGUAACACUGCUACAAUUACAAGGUAACACUGUUACAACCACAAGGUAACACUGUUACAACCACAAGGUAACACUGUUACAACCACAAGGUAACGCUGUUACAACCACAAGGUAACACUGUUACAACCACAAGGUAACACUGUUACAACCACAAGGUAACGCUGUUACAACCACAAGGUAACACUGCUACAAUUACAAGGUAACACUGUUACAACCACAAGGUAACACAUUUUUUAAAUUAAUUUUUUUGGGGGGGUAGAUCAGCUUCAUAUUGCAGAUAGAUUGUAACUUCUAUCAAUGUAAUUGUCUGCAUCACUUCCAAUCCCCCAUGUUUUUUAUAUAUAUACUCCCCUUUAUUACUUUUCAACCCCGCCAUCCUUUCCCUACUUGGAGUAAAUUAGUGAACAACAAUGCCCAGGCCUCUACUUCCGGCCUAUACUUACUAUCAUCAUUUUAUGGACACAGUCAAUUUUACAAUAAUUAUAUUUUAUUUGUUUUUGCUCCUGAACUUCUUCUACUCUCAACCUCUCCGAUCAUGUUCAUGAUGUCCAUCCGGUUUGCUUCUAUAUGCCAUAUCUUUCUAACUGUGCUCUUUCCCAAAAGCUCCCAACAUACAACCUAUAUACUUAUUAUGGGUAACACUGCUACAACCACAAGGUAACACUGUUGGUCCUCUCUAAGAGACAGUUCAGUGAUCACAAACUGUGGUCCUGGAGAGAUACGUUUCAGUAUGUGCAGGACUGUAUUCUAUUUCAGCACUAACAGGCCUGAAUUAGCAAAAACAAUGCAGAUUCAUAAUUAAUGCAUAUUCUCACUCAGUCAUUUCAGCUAAAGUUAUCCAAAUUUACCAUCAUAAAAAAAAAAAAAAAAAAAUCAGGUCAAGAAAGAGAUUAAAAAAUAUAUAUGAAAUAGGACCUAUUCCUUGACCAUGUACGUCUCUCAGUAAAUGGCCCGCUGUGCUUCUCUGUCCAGUUUGUGAGGGUCCACAGCUCCACAGAUCCAGUGUUGAUCUACCAGAUGCUGACAGAGCAGUGGGGCCUGGCCCCUCCACACCUGGUGGUGGCUCUGGUGGGAGGAGACGAGCUGUCUCAGAUGAAACCCUGGCUCAGGGACACCGUGAGGAAAGGACUGGUCAAGGCUGCCCAGAGCACAGGUGGGACUCACGCCCGCGCCCACACACAUACACCUUUACGUUUUUUACUAAGAUCACCGCGGGCCGCAUUAAAUCAGUGUCUGAGAACCCUGCUCUAUAGCGAGCAUGAGAAAUGUAUGCCCUCACUAACUGUAAGUCGCUCUGGAUAAGAGCGUCUGCUAAAUGACUAAAAAAUGUAAAAAUGUAAAGUGAGACGAUGUCUCUGCCUCACAGGCGCCUGGAUCCUGACCAACGGUCUUCGCUUUGGCAUCACCAAGCACCUGGGCCAGGCUGUCCGUGACCACUCUCUGGCCAGCACCAACUCUAAGGUCAAGGUGGUGGCCAUCGGCAUCGCUCCCUGGAACAUGAUCCACAACAGAGACGCGCUGCUGGCUGCUAAGGUCUCAAUAUACAUCCAUGCAGAAUAUCAUAUACUAUGAGUUCAGGGUAGAUGUUGAUUACGUUUUAACAUGUGGGUAGACUAGACAACAAGGUCACAGUGGAACGUCUAAAUGUGUGUCUGUGUUGUGAGCUGCUGAGGUAUUUUUGAUUUGCUCCUCUGAAACGUGUUCUCUGACCGAUGUGUGUCCUCCUGCAGCUGGACCAGCCUGCCAUGGUGGAGCCCAGGGACCUGCCCCAUGGGGCAGUAUACUCUCUGGACUGCAACCACUCCCACUUUGUCCUGGUGGACGAGGAUCCUCAGCGCCCCGGGGCCACCAGCGAAAUGAGGGUCCAGCUGCUCAAGCAUAUCUCCCUGCAGCGCACCGGCUAUGGAGGUGAACCUACUUAAACUUAAACCUAAGCUUAAACCUACUUACUUAAACUUAGUUGAAUGGUGUUAAUGUUUUUCCUGGGCGUCAUAUUUGACACAGCACACUUGUAUUUCUUCAGGAAGAAUGGUGCUUUUUGACUUGAUGAGUGGUUUUAAGGAAUAACCAGGGCCCUUGUUGAUACUCUGCAUCACUACAGGUGCAGGCAGUUUUGAGAUCCCAGUGCUGUGUCUCCUGGUGCAUGGAGAACCCCGGAUCCUACAGGUCUGUCACAUUUAGGGAAAUAUUCCUUUCCCAUUACUUCUACUUUUCAGUAUAAUGUGUUGUUGCUUGUCAUAAGCAUGUAUGAAUAUUUAUCAUUUCAUAUUAGAUGGCCUAUUAUAUAUUAUGUUGCCAUAGCAACUUUUCAAUUGAUUCAAAGUGACUAUUUAGUUAGAAUCAAAUGGAGAUAUUAAUAAAAACAUUACAUUCGUUCAUAAAUGCUUAUGACAAGUCUUACAGUGAAUUACCAGCACAUCAUAAUGCAUUAUAACUGUGUUAGCAUAGUUUCUAUAUUGCUAGGUGUGCGGUUUGGGUAAGCAGUCUUCCUCUGUCUCUGUGUACAGAGGAUGUAUAGGUGUAUAGGAAACGCCAUGCCCUGGCUGAUCCUGGCGGGGUCGGGGGGGGUGGCCGCCAUCCUGGUCACGCUGAUGAACCGGGGCUGCUGGGACAUGGACAGCGUGCAGGAGCUCCUGCUAGACACCUUUCCCAGCGUGCACCACAGCACUGACAUCACCAACUGGGCCAAGCUGGUAAGGAGCUGAGAGAGAGAGCGAGAGAGAGGAGAGAGAGAGAGAGGAGAGAGAGAGAGAGAGAGAGAGAGCAGAGAGAGAGGAGAGAGGAGAGAGUAGGAGAGAGAGAGAGAGAGAGAGAGACGAGAGAGAGAGACGAGAGCGAGAGAGAGAGAGAGAGAGAGAGAGAGAGAGAGAGAGCAGAUGAGCCAACUGAAAGACAGAUUGAUUAAUUGGUUGAUUGACUGACUGAUUGACUGACUUCCUCCUGCACUUUAGAUCCAGAAGAUACUGGACAACGGCCACCUCCUGACGGUUCAUGACCCCGAGCAGGAGAGCUCUGAGCUGGACACGGUCAUCCUCAAAGCCUUGGUCAAAGGUACUGGAUGGAAUGCUUCUACCUGCGGUUGACAGCGCUUAUUAAAAAAGCCAGGCCGUUACAUCAAUCCUAAAAAGGAAUUGUACAGAGGCAGAUGAAAUAUAUUUGUCAAAAGUUAAAUACAUUUCCAAUUAUGCUCCAUAUUAAAAAGUUUGAGGAGUUACUGAAAGCCAUCCGUCAGCAUAUGACCCCCCCAUAGAAAAGUUUUUGAUGGAUAUUAACAUUCAAUCUGAAUGGUGGUUAACCCAUAACCUCUAACAUCUAACCUUUGACCCUAACAUCUAACCUUUGACCCUAACAUCUAACCUUUGACCUCUAACAUCUAACCUUUCACCCUAACAUCUAACCUUUGACCCCUAACAUCUAACCUUUGCCCUGUGUGUUGCGUGCAGCCUGUAAGAGCCAGAGCCAGGAGGCUCAGGACUUCCUGGAUGAGCUGAAGCUGGCGGUGGCCUGGAACAGGGUGGACAUCGCUAAGAGCCACAUCUUCAACGGGGACGUGGAGUGGACGGUGAGAAUGAAAGACAGCAUGAGAUGCCCAUCCUUCAUUCCUUCACUCUCUCCUGUUGGUUCUCAACUUUUCACUGCUAGCGCUGGUCAUUUUUAAUGUAAUAUAUUUGCUGCCACAUUGAGGAUCAUAAAAAAAUAAGUAUCUUACCUUAGUAUAAUAACGUAAUGUAAAAAGAUUAUAUGCAGCAUAAAUAUUGCUUAGUAAAAUAGAAUAUUAGAGUUGUAUUGGUAGUUUACUACUUGGUAAUAUAUAGCACUAUCUACUGACCCUCGCAGGCGGGUGACCUGGAGGAGGUGAUGAUGGACGCGCUGGUCAAUGACAAGCCCGACUUUGUGCGUCUAUUUGUGGACAACGGCGUGUGUCUGGGCAAGUUCCUGACCUACGGCCGCCUGCAGGAGCUCUACUGCUCCGUGUCAGAGAAGAGCCUCCUUCACCUCCUUCUCCUCAAGAAGCACCAGGAGAAACAGCUCCUCCUGAAGGCGGCACGGACCCCCGGACCCCCUCACGACCACCACAAGGCCGAGCCCGGGGACCGGAAGGCCCGCUUCACCCUGCACGAGGUGUCAAAAGUGCUGAAAGACUUCCUGCAUGACUCGUGUAAAGGCUUCUAUCAGAAGCUGCCCACGGUGGGUACUGGAUAGGCUGUUCCUGAGGUAACUCAGAGUGAGUUUCCCAAAUCAUGAAUCACAGAUAUUUCCUCAUGGAUCACAGCUGAAGACUGAGUCGUGGCUGGAGAAAAUAAAACCUCACAGACUACAAGGCUUUUCUAAAGAACAGAUUAAAACCAUGUCAAGAUUUCCAGCAAGAGCCACGUUUUUCUCUACAUUUCUAUGUGUCUGUCAGAGUUCCCUCUUCUUCAUCCUCACGUGUGUGUGUGUGUGGGUGUGUGUGUGUGUCUCUGUGUGUGUGUCUGUGUGUGUGUGUGUGUCUCUGUGUGGGUGUGUGUGUGUGUGUCUCUGUGCGUGUGUGUGUGUCUCUGUGUGUGUGUGUGUGUGUGUCUCUCUGUGUGUGUGUGUCUCUGUGUGUGUGUGUGUGUCUCUGUGUGUGUGUGUCUGUGUCUGUGUGUGUGUGUGUCUCUGUGUGGGUGUGUGUGUGUGUCUCUGUGGGUGUGUGUGUGUCUCUCUGUGUGUGUGUGUGUGUGUCUCUGUGCGUGUGUGUGUGUGUGUCUCUGUGUGUGUGUGUGUCUCUGUGGGUGUGUGUGUGUGUGUGUGUGUGUCUGUGCGUGUGUGUGUGUCUCUGUGUGUGUGUGUGUGUGUGUGUCUCUGUGUGUGUGUGUCUCUCUGUGUGUGUAUGUGUCUCUGUGUGUGUCUCUGUGUGUGUGUGUGUGUGUGUGUCUGUGUGUGUGUGUGUGUGUGUGUGUCUCUGUGUGUGUGUGUGUCUCUGUGUGUGUGUGUGUCUCUGUGUGUGUCUCUGUGUGUGUUGUGUCCAGGAGAAGACAGGCCAGAAGGCAGGUCGUCUCUUUAACAACCAGAAGAGCCUGGCUGAGCUGGAGGAGCAGUGUGAACACCCCUGGAGGGAUCUGUUCCUCUGGGCUGUUCUCCAGAACCGGCAGCAGAUGGCUAACUACUUCUGGGCAAUGGUCAGUCCCCUCACUCCCAGAGAGUUAGUCCUGAAACCUAUCUGAUUAUUCAAAUGAAGGUCAAGCACUGUAGUUAGUGUAGGUUUUAUUGCUGGCCAGUGUCAAUACUGGCAGUUGAAAAGCAAACCUACAGGUAGAUAUAAUCAGUAUUGGGUUGAGCAGGGUGGUGGUGAGAGUGAGUUUAGUGCAAAACAUACACACUUACAUACACACUUACUGCACAUGAAGAAACCCCCCAAAUGUACAGUCAGACACACACACACACAUACAUACACUGACUCUCUUCUCUCUGUCUCUCUCUAUAGCGGCUCUCUAAGAGAGAACUCGAGAUAGAUAGAUAGAGAGCAAGGAUGAGAGAUUCUAUUCAGAAGAGAUAGAGAGAAGAGAGAGAGAGAUGUUAGAGAGAUGAUAGAGAGCAGAGAGACGAUAGAUCGAGAAGAGAGAGAAAGAUAAGAGAGAGAGAGAGCGAGAGAGAUGAGAGAGAGUAGAGAGAGAGAGAGGCUAUGGGGCUUGAGAGCAGAGAGCGCUCGGAGAGCGAGCUCUCAGCGAUAUAAUAGGAGACGUAGAGAGCGAGACUAGCUAAGAGGAGAGAUCGCGCUAGAGAGGAUAUUCUAUGAGAGCUUCUCUCCUCUCUCUCUACAUAUCUCGAGAGAUUCCUUAGAGAGAGAUCUCGCUCGAGGAGAGAGCGCUCUAUCUCUCUCUCAGAAAGAUAUCCGCUCUAUCCUACAUUCUCGCUCUCUAUCUCUCUCUCUCUCUCUCUCUCUCUCUCUCUCUCUCCCUCUCUCUCUCUCUCUCGCUCUGUCUAUCCUCUCUUCUCUAUUCUCUCUGUCUCUCUCUCCUGUCUUCUCUUGUCUCUCUCUCUCUCUCUCUCUCUCUGUCUCUCUCCUCUCUGUCUCUCGAUCUCUCUCUCUCUCUCUCUCUGUCUCUCUCUCUGUCCUCUCUCUAUUUCAAUUCAAAGGGCUUUAUUGGCAUAGGUAAACAUAUGUUUACCAUUGCCAAAGCAAAUGGAAUAGACAAUAAACAAAAGGGAACUGAACAAGGGAAACAUUAGUGAACAUUACACUCACAAAAGGAUUGGUCAAAUCCCUCUCUCUGUCUCUAAUGUCUCUGUCUCUCUGUCUCUCUCUCUCAUCUCUCCUCUCUCUUCUCUCUCUACUCUCUCUCUCUCUAUUCUCUCUCUGUACCCCCCCUUCUCUCUCUAUUCUCUCUCAUCUCUCUGAGUAAUCCCCUCCUUGCUAUCUCUCUGUAUCUCUCUCUCUGCCUCUCUCGAUCUAUCUCUCUCUGUAUCUCUCUCUGUACCCCCCCCUCCUCUCUCUUAGUUCUCUCUCUGUAUCCCCCCCUCUUCUCUCUCUCUCUAUUCUCUCUCUGUAUUCCCCCCCCCCCCCCCCCCUCUCUCAAUUCAAUUCAAUUCAAAGGGCUUUAUUGGCAUGGAAAAUAUGUCAAAGCAAAUGGAAUAGACAAUAAACAAAAGGGAACUAAACAAGGGAAACAUUAGUGAACAUUACACUCACAAAGGGAUGGUCAGUUUCUCUCUCUGUCUCUCUGUCUCUCUGUCUCUCUGUCUCUCUGUCUCUCUGUCUCUCUGUCUCUCUGUCUCUAUCUCUCUCUCUCUCUCUCUCUCUCUCUCUCUCGCUCUCAAUUUCAAUUCAAAUCAAAGAGCUUUAUUGGGAUGAGAAAUAUAUGUUUACAUUGCCAAAGCAAGUGAAAUAGAUAAUAAACUAAAGUGAAACAAACAAUAAAAAAUUAACAGUAAACAUUACACUCAGAAGUUCCAAAAGAAUAAAGACAUUUCAAAUGUAAUAUUAUGUACAGUCGUGGUCAAAAGUUUUGAGAAUGACACAAGUAUUGGUCUUCACAAAGUCUGCUGCUUCAGUGUUAUGAGAUAUUUUUGUCAGAUGUUACUAUGGUAUACUGAAGUAUAAUUACAAGCAUUCCUUAAGUGUCAAAGGCUUUUAUUGACAAUUACAUUAAGUUUAUGCAAAGAGUCAAUAUUUGCAGUGUUGACCCUUCUUUUUCAAGACCUCUGCAAUCCGCCCUGGCAUGCUGUCAAUUAACUUCUGGGCCACAUCCUGACUGAUGGCAGCCCAUUCUUGCAUAAACAAUGCUUGGAGUUUGUCAGAAUUUGUGGGUUUUUGUUUGUCCACCCGCCUCUUGAGGAUCGACCACAAGUUCUCAAUGGGAUUAUGGUCUGGGGAGUUUCCUGGCCAUGGACCCAAAAUGUCUAUGUUUUGUUCCCCGAGCCACUUAGUUAUCACUUUUGCCUUAUGGCAAGGUGCUCCAUCAUGCUGGAAAAGGCAUUGGUUGUCACCAAACUGUUCUUGGAUGGUUGGGAGAAGUUGCUCUCGGAGGAUGUGUUGGUACCAUUCUUUAUUCAUGGCUGUGUUCUUAGGCAAAAUGGUAAGUGAGCCCACUCCCUUGGCUGAGAAGCAACCCCACACAUGAAUGGUCUCAGGAUGCUUUACUGUUGGCAUGACACAGGACUGAUGGUAGCGCUCACCUCGUCUUCUCCGGACAAGGUGUUUUCCGGAUGCCCCAAACAAUCGGAAAGGGGAUUCAUCAGAGAAAAUGACUUUACCCCAGUCCUCAGCAGUCCAAUCCCUGUACCUUUUGCAGAAUAUCAGUCUGUCCAUGAUGUUUUUCCUGGAGAGAAGUGGCUUCUUUGCUGCCCUUCUUGACACCAGGCCAUCCUCCAAAAGUCUUUGCCUCACUGUGCGUGCAGAUGCACUCCCACCUGCCUGAUGCCAUUCCUGAGCAAGCUCUGUACUGGCGGUGCCCCGAUCCCGCAGCUGAAUCAACUUUAGGAGACGGUCCUGGCGCUUGCUGGACUUUCUUGCGCGCCCUGAUGCCUUCUUCACAACAAUUGAACCUCUCUCCUUGAAGUUCUUGAUGAUCCGAUAAAUGGUUGAUUUAGGUGCAAUCUUACUAGCAGCAAUAUCCUUGCCUGUGAAGCCCUUUUUGUGCAAAGCAAUGAUGACGGCACGUGUUUCCUUGCAGGUAACCAUGGUUAACAGAGGAAGAACAGUGAUGUCAAGCACCACCCUCCUUUUAAAGCUUCUAGUCUGUUAUUCUAACUCAAUCAGCAUGACAGAGUGAUCUCCAGCCUUGUCCUCAUCAACACUCUCACCUGUGUUAAUGAGAGAAUCACUGACAUGAUGGCAGCUGGUCCUUUUGUGGCAGGGCUGAAAUGCAGUGGAAAUGUUUUUGGGGGAUUAAGUUCAUUUUCAUGGCAAAGAGGGACUUUGCAAUCAAUUGCAAUUCAUCUGAUCACUCUUCAUGACAUUCUGGAGUAUAUGCAAAUUGCCAUCAUCAAAACUGAGGCAGCAGACUUUGUGAAAAUUAGUAUUUGUGUCAUUCUCAAAACGUUUGACCAUGACUGUAUAUAUACAGUGUUAUAAUGAUGUGCAAAUAGUUAAAGUACAUAAGGGAAAAUAAAUAAAUAUAAAUAUGGUUGUAUUUACAAUGGUGUUUGUUCUUCACUGGUUGCCCUUUUCUUGUGGUAACAGGUCACAAAUCUUGCUGCUGUGAUGGCACACUAUGGUAUUUCACCCAUUAGAAAUGGGAGUUUAUAAAAAUUGGAUUUGUGGAUCUGUGUAAUCUGAGGGGAAAAUGUGUCUAUAAUAUGGUCAUACAUUUGGCAGGAGGUUAGGAAGUGCAGCUCAGUUUCCACCUCAUUUUGUGGGCAGUGUGCACAUAGCCUGACAUCUCUUGAAAGCCAGGUCUGCCUACGGCGGCCUCUCUCAAUAGCAAGACUAUGCUCACUGAGUCUUUACAUAGUCAAAACUUUCCUUAAUUUUGAAUCAGUCACAGUGGUCAGGUAUUCUGCCACUGUGUACUAUCUGUUUAGGGCCAAAUAGCAUUCUAGUUUUCUCCCUGUUUUUGUUAAUUCUUUCCAAUCUUUUUGUUUUCUCAUUAUUUGGUUGGGUCUAAUUGUGUUGCUGUCCUGGAGCUCUGUGGGGUCUGUUUGUGUUUGUGAACAGAGCCCCAGUGUCAGGGUGUCAGUGUGAUGCGGUAGGACGAAGUCAGGAGCAGGACACAGAGCUAAUCGAAAACGUACUAGACCCAUGGGGCGGCGCACAAUUGGCCCAGCGUCGUCCAGGGUAGGGGAGGGAAUGGCCGGCAGGGAUGUAGCUCAGUUGGUAGAGCAUGGCGUUUGCAACGCCAGGGUUGUGGGUUCGAUUCCCACGGGGGGCCAGUAUGAAAAAUAAAAAUGUAUGCACUCACUAACUGUAAGUCGCUCUGGAUAAGAGCGUCUGCUAAAUGACUAAAAUGUAAAUGUUAACUCGCAGGUAUCGUAAAUAACAUAACCUCCACGCAGGGAGGAAACAAACCCGCUCACCAGACGACAACCAAACAUCAACAAACACGCACAACAUACAGUGGGAGCCAGAGGGUUAAAUAGGGAAGUAAUCAAUACCUAAUGGGAACCAGGUGUGAACAAUAAAGACAAGACAAGUAGAACACAGAAACAUAGAUCGGUACUAGCUACUAGUACUCCGGUGAUGACGAACUCCGUAGCCUGCCCGAGCAAGGAGGAGGAGCAGCCUCGGCUGAAUCCGUGACACCCAGGACCAGCUUGCUUAGGGGACUCUUCUCCAGGUUCAUGUCUCUGUAGGUGAUGGCUUUGUUAUGGAAGGUUUGAGAAUCGCUUCCUUUUAGGUGGUUGUAGAAUUUAACGGCUCUUUUCUGGAUUUUGAUCAUUAGCGGGUAUCAGCCUAAUUCUGCUCUGCAUGCAUGGUGUUUUACAUUGUACACAGAGGAUAUUUGUGCAGAAUUCUGCAUGCAGAGUCUCAAUUUGGUUUUUGUCCCAUUUCGUGAAUUCUUGGUUGGUGAGCGGACCCCAGACCUCACAACCAUAAAGGGCAAUGGGUUCUACAACUGAUUCAAGUAUUUUUAGCCAGAUCCUAAUUGGUAUGUCGAAUUUUGUGUUCCUUUUGAUGCCGUAGAAGGCCCUUCUUGCCUUGUCUCUCAGAUCGUUCACAGCUUUGUGGAAGUUACCAAUGGCGCUGAUGUUUAGGCCGAGGUAUGUAUAGUUUUUUGUGUGCUCUAGGGCAACGGUGUCUAGAUGGAAUUUAUAUUUGUGGUCCUGGCAACUGGACCUUUUUUGGAACACCCUUAUUUUUGUCUUACUGAGAUUUACUGUCAGGGCCCAGGUCUGACAGAAUCUGUGCAGAAGAUCUAGGUGCUGCUGUAGGCCCUCCUUGGUUGGGGACAGAAGCACCAGAUCAUCAGAAAAUAGUAGACACUUGACUUCAGAUUCUAGUAGGGUGAGGCCGGUUGCUGCAGACUGUUCUAGUGCCCUCGCCAAUUCGUUGAUAUAUAUGUUGAAGAGGGUGGGGCUUAAGCUGCAUCUCUGUCUCACCCCAUGGCCCUGUGCAAAUCCCACGGUAGUUAUUGGGGUCAAAUUAGUCUCCACUUUUGUGGAUUGGUCCUCGGUUCCAAAUAUCGGGGAAGAUGCCAGAGCUAAGGAUGAUGUUAAAGAGUUUAAGUAUAGCCAAUUGGAAUUUGUGGUCUGGCAUAUUUUAUAAUUUAAUUUAGGAUACCAUCAACACCACAAGCCUUUUUGGGUUGGAGGGUUUGUAUUUUGUCCUGUAGUUCAUUCAAUGUAAUUGGAGAAUCCAGUGGGUUCUGGUAGUCUUUAAUAGUUGAGUCUAAGAUUUGUAUUUGAUCAUGUAUAUGUUUUUACUGUUUGUUCUUUGUUAUAGAGCCAAAAGAUUAGAGAAGUGGUUUAUCCACCCAUCUCCAUUUUGGAUAGAUAACUCUUCGUGUUGUUGUUUGUUUAGUGUUUUCCAAUUUUCCCAGAAGUGGUUAGAUUCUAUGGAUUCUUCAAUUACAUUGAGCUGAUUUCUGACAUGUUGUUCCUUCUUUUUCCGUAGUGUAUUUCUGUAUUGUUUUAGUGAUACACCAUAGUGAAGGCAUAGACUCAGGUUUUCUGGGUCUCUAUGUUUUUGGUUGGAUAGGAUUCUCGAUUUCUUUCUUAGGUUUUUGCAUUCUUCAUCAAACCAUUUGUCACUGUUGUUAAUUUUCUUAUGUUGUCUGCUUAAAUUUUUUUGAUUUGAUAGGGAAGCGGAGGUCAAAUAUACUGUUUAGGUUUUCUACUGCCAAGUUUACACCUUCACUAUUACAGUGAAACAUUUUGUCCAGGAAGUUGUCUAAAAGGGAUUGAAUUUGAUGUUCCCUAAUUGUUUUUUGGUAGGUUUCAACACUACUUUCCUUCCAUCUAUAGCAUGUCUUAAUAUUAUUCAAUUCAUUUGGCUUUGAUGCCUCAUGACUGAGUAUCGCUCUGUUCAAGUAUUGCUCUGUGUCUCUCCUUCCUCUCUCGAGCGAGGAGAGAGAGAGAGAGCGAUCGAGAGCGAGAAGCGAGAGAGAGAGCGAAGGCGAGAGAGAUAGAGCAGUACGAGUAGCUCUAUCUCUCUCUCUCUAUCUCUUAUCGUUCGCUUAUCUUCUCUCUCUCUCUCUCUCUCUCUCUCUCUCUCUCUCUCUCUCUCUCUCUCUCUCCUCUCUCUCUCUCUCUCUCUCUCUCUCUCUCUCUCUCUCUCUCGUCCAGGGUCCUGAGGCUGUGGCUGCUGCUCUGGCUGGUUGUAAGAUCCUGAAAGAGAUGUCUGGCCUGGAGUCAGAGGCAGAAUCAGCACGCAGCAUGAAGGAGGCCAAGUAUGAACAGUUUGCCCUAGGUGAGAGACACAAGGAGUGUGUGAGCACAUACACACACACACUGGAUAAAACAUGCAGUAUCACACUCUGAGAUGGCAUAAUGCUCUCGGCUCACAAACCAUCCCUUAGUUGAAAUACACCAUUAAGACAAAGAUGUUCCCUGAAAGUAUCUGUUUUCCUAGGGAACUCUCACAGGGUUAUGAUUCACAGUAAGAUCAUCACAAGAUAAGAAUCUAGAUACAACCAAUGCCUAUAGACUAAAGAACGGUGUGAAGUCUUGGUAAGUGUGUUGAGUCUGGUGUGUGUGGGUUGCCAGAUCUGUUUGGGGAGUGCUACUCUAACAGUGAGGACAGGGCCUAUGCUCUUCUGGUGAGAAGGACCCGCUGCUGGAAUCAAUCCACCGUCCUCAACCUGGCAACCGAGGCUGACGCUAAGUGCUUCUUCGCCCACGAUGGAGUCCAGGUAGGCUACAGUAACAUGUACAGACACAGACACACUCAGACAGACAUGUGGCCUCCUUACUUUCAAAUCUUGAUGUUACGAAACAAAUUAUUACAUUAGAUAGAUUUGACUGUGUACACGGACAAUAUUCAUGGAGUUCUCUUGGUGUGAGACCGUGUGUCGAUAGGUGUGUUUUAUGGGGUGAAGUGCCCUCUGCUGGUUUCAGUGUUGAUCGGUGUGUUUUAUGGGGUGAUGAGCCCUCUGCUGGUUUCAGUGUCGAUAGGGGUGUUUUAUGGGGUGAUGAGCCCUCUGCUGGUUUCAGUGUCGAUAUGUGUGUUUUAUGGGGUGAUGAGCCCUCUGCUGGUUUCUGUGUCGAUAGGGGUGUUUUAUGGGGUGAAGUGCCCUCUGCUGGUUUCAGUGUUGAUCGGUGUGUUUUAUGGGGUGAUGAGCCCUCUGCUGGUUUCAGUGUCGAUAGGGGUGUUUUAUGGGGUGAUGAGCCCUCUGCUGGUUUCAGUGUUGAUAUGUGUGUUUUAUGGGGUGAUGAGCCCUCUGCUGGUUUCAGUGUUGAUCGGUGUGUUUUAUGGGGUGAUGUGCCCUCUGCUGGUUUCAGUGUUGAUCGGUGUGUUUUAUGGGGUGAUGAGCCCUCUGCUGGUUUCAGUGUCGAUAUGUGUGUUUUAUGGGGUGAUGAGCCCUCUGCUGGUUUCAGUGUUGAUCGGUGUGUUUUAUGGGGUGAUGAGCCCUCUGCUGGUUUCAGUGUCGAUAGGGGUGUUUUAUGGGGUGAUGAGCCCUCUGCUGGUUUCAGUGUCGAUAUGUGUGUUUUAUGGGGUGAUGAGCCCUCUGCUGGUUUCAGUGUUGAUCGGUGUGUUUUAUGGGGUGAUGUGCCCUCUGCUGGUUUCAGUGUUGAUCAGUGUGUUUUAUGGGGGUGAUGAGCCCUAUGCUGGUUUCAGUGUCGAUAUGUGUGUUUUAUGGGGUGAUGAGCCCUCUGCUGGUUUCAGUGUUGAUCGGUGUGUUUUAUGGGGUGAUGAGCCCUCUGCUGGUUUCAGUGUCGAUAGGUGUGUUUUAUGGGGUGAUGAGCCCUCUGCUGGUUUCAGUGUCAAUAGGGGUGUUUUAUGGGGGUGAUGAGCCCUCUGCUGGUUUCAGUGUCAAUAGGGGUGUUUUAUGGGGUGAAGUGCCCUCUGCUGGUUUCAGUGUUGAUCGGUGUGUUUUAUGGGGUGAUGAGCCCUCUGCUGGUUUCAGUGUCGAUAGGUGUGUUUUAUGGGGUGAUGAGCCCUCUGCUGGUUUCAGUGUCAAUAGGGGUGUUUUAUGGGGUGAAGUGCCCUCUGCUGGUUUCAGUGUCGAUAGGGGUGUUUUAUGGGGUGAUGAGCCCUCUGCUGGUUUCAGUGUCAAUAGGGGUGUUUUAUGGGGUGAAGUGCCCUCUGCUGGUUUCAGUGUCGAUAGGUGUGUUUUAUGGGGUGAAGUGCCCUCUGCUGGUUUCAGUGUCAAUAGACAGUGGUGUAAAGUACUUAAGUAAAAAUACUUGAAAGUACUAUUUAAGUAGUUUUUUUGGGUAUCUGUACUUUACUAUUUAUAUUUUGGACAACUUUUACUUUUACUUCACUACAUUCCGAAAAAAUAAUGUACUUUUUACUACUUACAUUUUCCCUGACACCCAAAGGUACUCGUUACAUUUUGAGUGCUUAGCAGGGCAAUAAAAUGGUCCAAUUCACACACUUAUCAAGAGAACAUCCCUGGUCAUCCCUACAGACUCAUAUCUGGUGGACUCUUUUGUAAAUUAUGUCUGUGUGUUGAAGCAUGCCCCUGGUAAUCCGUAAAUAAAUAAAAAAAACAAGAAAAUGAUGCCGUCUGGUUUGCUUAAAAAUAAGGAUUUUGAAAUGAUUUAUACUUUUACUUUUACUUUUGAUACUUAAGUAUAUUUGAUCAAUUACAUUUAUUUUUAAUACUUAAAUAUUUAAAACCAAAUACUUUUAGACUUUUAUUCAAGUAGUAUUUUACUGGGUGACUUUCACUUUUACUUGAGUGAUUUUAUAUUAAGGUAUCUUUACUUUUAAGUAUGACAAUUGGGUACUUUUUCCACCACUGUCGAUAGGUGUGUUUUAUGGGGUGAUGUGCCCUCUGCUGGUUUCAGUGUUGAUCGGUGUGUUUUAUGGGGUGAUGAGCCCUCUGCUGGUUUCAGUGUCGAUAGGGGUGUUUUAUGGGGUGAUGAGCCCUCUGCUGGUUUCAGUGUCGAUAUGUGUGUUUUAUGGGGUGAUGAGCCCUCUGCUGGUUUCUGUGUCGAUAGGGGUGUUUUAUGGGGUGAAGUGCCCUCUGCUGGUUUCAGUGUUGAUCGGUGUGUUUUAUGGGGUGAUGAGCCCUCUGCUGGUUUCAGUGUCGAUAGGGGUGUUUUAUGGGGGUGAUGAGCCCUCUGCUGGUUUCAGUGUCGAUAUGUGUGUUUUAUGGGGUGAUGAGCCCUCUGCUGGUUUCAGUGUUGAUCGGUGUGUUUUAUGGGGUGAUGUGCCCUCUGCUGGUUUCAGUGUUGAUCGGUGUGUUUUAUGGGGUGAUGAGCCCUCUGCUGGUUUCAGUGUCGAUAUGUGUGUUUUAUGGGGUGAUGAGCCCUCUGCUGGUUUCAGUGUUGAUCGGUGUGUUUUAUGGGGUGAUGAGCCCUCUGCUGGUUUCAGUGUCGAUAGGGGUGUUUUAUGGGGUGAUGAGCCCUCUGCUGGUUUCAGUGUCGAUAUGUGUGUUUUAUGGGGUGAUGAGCCCUCUGCUGGUUUCAGUGUUGAUCGGUGUGUUUUAUGGGGUGAUGUGCCCUCUGCUGGUUUCAGUGUUGAUCAGUGUGUUUUAUGGGGUGAUGAGCCCUAUGCUGGUUUCAGUGUCGAUAUGUGUGUUUUAUGGGGUGAUGAGCCCUCUGCUGGUUUCAGUGUUGAUCGGUGUGUUUUAUGGGGUGAUGAGCCCUCUGCUGGUUUCAGUGUCGAUAGGUGUGUUUUAUGGGGUGAUGAGCCCUCUGCUGGUUUCAGUGUCAAUAGGGGUGUUUUAUGGGGUGAUGAGCCCUCUGCUGGUUUCAGUGUCAAUAGGGGUGUUUUAUGGGGUGAAGUGCCCUCUGCUGGUUUCAGUGUUGAUCGGUGUGUUUUAUGGGGUGAUGAGCCCUCUGCUGGUUUCAGUGUCGAUAGGUGUGUUUUAUGGGGUGAUGAGCCCUCUGCUGGUUUCAGUGUCAAUAGGGGUGUUUUAUGGGGUGAAGUGCCCUCUGCUGGUUUCAGUGUCGAUAGGGGUGUUUUAUGGGGUGAUGAGCCCUCUGCUGGUUUCAGUGUCAAUAGGGGUGUUUUAUGGGGUGAAGUGCCCUCUGCUGGUUUCAGUGUCGAUAGGUGUGUUUUAUGGGGUGAAGUGCCCUCUGCUGGUUUCAGUGUCAAUAGACAGUGGUUGUAAAGUACUUAAGUAAAAAUACUUGAAAGUACUAUUUAAGUAGUUUUUUUGGGUAUCUGUACUUUACUAUUUAUAUUUUGGACAACUUUUACUUUUACUUCACUACAUUCCGAAAAAAUAAUGUACUUUUUACUACUUACAUUUUCCCUGACACCCAAAGGUACUCGUUACAUUUUGAGUGCUUAGCAGGGCAAUAAAAUGGUCCAAUUCACACACUUAUCAAGAGAACAUCCCUGGUCAUCCCUACAGACUCAUAUCUGGUGGACUCUUUUGUAAAUUAUGUCUGUGUGUUGAAGCAUGCCCCUGGUAAUCCGUAAAUAAAUAAAAAAAACAAGAAAAUGAUGCCGUCUGGUUUGCUUAAAAAUAAGGAUUUUGAAAUGAUUUAUACUUUUACUUUUACUUUUGAUACGUAAGUAUAUUUGAUCAAUUACAUUUAUUUUUAAUACUUAAAUAUUUAAAACCAAAUACUUUUAGACUUUUAUUCAAGUAGUAUUUUACUGGGUGACUUUCACUUUUACUUGAGUGAUUUUAUAUUAAGGUAUCUUUACUUUUAAGUAUGACAAUUGGGUACUUUUUCCACCACUGUCGAUAGGUGUGUUUUAUGGGGUGAUGUGCCCUCUGCUGGUUUCAGUGUCGAUAGGUGUGUUUUAUGGGGUGAUGAGCCCUCUGCUGGUUUCAGUGUCGAUAGGUGUGUUUUAUGGGGUGAUGAGCCCUCUGCUGGUUUCAGUGUCGAUAGGUGUGUUUUAUGGGGUGAUGAGCCCUCUGCUGGUUUCAGUGUCGAUAGGUUUGUUUUAUGGGGUGAUGUGCCCUCUGCUGGUUUCAGUGUCGAUAGGUGUGUUUUAUGGGGUGAUGAGCCCUCUGCUGGUUUCAGUGUCGAUAGGUGUGUUUUAUGGGGUGAUGAGCCCUCUGCUGGUUUCAGUGUCGAUAGGUGUGUUUUAUGGGGUGAUGAGCCCUCUGCUGGUUUCAGUGUCGAUAGGUGUGUUUUAUGGGGUGAUGAGCCCUCUGCUGGUUUCAGUGUCGAUAGGUUUGUUUUAUGGGGUGAUGUGCCCUCUGCUGGUUUCAAUGUCGAUAGGUGUGUUUUAUGGGGUGACGUGCCCUCUGCUGGUUUCAAUGUCGAUAGGUGUGUUUUAUGGGGUGACGUGCCCUCUGCUGGUUUCAGUGUCGAUAGGUGUGUUUUAUGGGGUGAUGUGCCCUCUGCUGGUUUCAGUGUAGAUCGGUGUGUUUUAUGGGGUGACGUAACUUCCUCUCGGAUUACAUCUGAUCUACCUCUUUCUAAAAUGUGCUCGCCUCUCUUUAAAAAAAAAAAAAAUAGAAAUCUGUUAAACAUUAGUAUGACCUAAGAUAAGGUUGUGUGAUAACAGUGAUCAUGGUUUGUCCCAGGGGUUCCUCACUAAGAUCUGGUGGGGGGCGAUGACCACAGACACAGCCAUCUCCAGACUGGUGCUGUCUUUCUUCUGUCCCCCUCUCAUCUGGACCAACCUCAUCAAGUUCAGGUCGCCACGGCAAUCUAGCUUAAUACUGUCAAUGUUGUCAGAGAGUCAUUUCCACGGUAUGGUAGGAACCGUAGAAUGCAUGUCUGUUGUCGAAACACAACGUUGUGGGCACUCAUUUGAGUGUUUGCGUCCAUAUGUAAGUGUGCUUGGGUCAAUAUGUUCGUGUGUGUGUGUGUGUGUGUUUAUGUGCCCUUUGUGUGUGUAUGUGUGUGUGUGUAUGCGCCCGUGUGUGUGUGUGUGUGUAUGCGCCCGUGUGUGUGUGUGUGUGUGUGUGUGUGUGUGUGUGUGUGUGUGUGUGUGUGUGUGUGUGUGUGUGUGUGUGUGUGUGUGUGUGUGUGUGUGUGUGUGUGUGGUGUGUGUGUAUGUGUUUGUGUGUGUGUGUGUGUGUGUGUGUGUGUGUGUGUGUGUGUGUAGUCAUGUUGUCUCUAUGUGUGUAAUGAUGCAGUGAUGAGGAGUUAGACAGUCGUGGUGGAGGAGAGGAACAGUAUGUGGAGCUGGACAGUCUGGACACAGAAAAGGGCCUGCUACUAACAGACCAUGGCCCUUUGUGAGUUCUAAAACGAUUUAGUAUACUAUACCUGCUGUUUAUAAAGGGACAUAAAGUGUAAUAAACUUUGUUCUAAGGGCAGAAAGAAUCUGAUUGGUUUAGGGAAGAACAAAUCCGAUUGGUUUCUAGAAGGUCAAUGGGCGCAGUUUAACAGUUGCACAAUUUUUGAAAACAUGGCGGAGGUUUGAACUGAGUAUCUUGUAAAUAAAAUGUACUACAAGUUGUAACGUUUUGAAAUCAUGAUUUUGUUACAGUAGUCAGACAAAUGUGACAAUAUCUCUAAGAUACAACUGAUCGGACGACUUGAAGCAAAGCGCCAAAUGUAAAAAGCUAGCAGCAACAUGCUAAACGAAUCAGAGCAAGGUAGCUAGCUAAGCAUUUACCUCUUAGCCACUCAUGUUUCAUUAAUAAAUAGCUAGCUAGCUAGGAGUCAGAAAUAUACAAGUAAGUCAAUUAGCAUUUGCUUUAGUGAAAUGUUAAGUUGAAUAAAGCUAUAUGAACUUUUAAAAAAUGGGGAUGGACUGUUACACAGCUGUGGUAACGUAAAAUGAUAAGCUUAACAGAGCUAUUUGGCUAGCAGAUAGCUAUCUCUUACUAAAGUUGCGACAAUAGAAUAGAGCUAGCUAGCUAGGUCUCAAAUAUACCAGUAAAUCAGCUCCCACUUACUUUAUCAAAAUAUUUAGUUGAAUAAGCUAUAUGAACUUAAAAAUUGGAAUGGGACUGUUAUGUUUACCUGGGAGCAGAAACGUAAAAUGCUAAGCUAUAUGUAGCUUAGCUGAGCAGAGCGCUACCUCCUACUAAGAUUGAAUUAUAAAAUAGAAAUAGCUAGCAAGCUAGGUCAAAAAUCUGCCAGUAGGUCAGUUAACGUUUGAUUUAUUAAAAGUUUAGUUGAAUAAGCUAUAUAAACAAAAGAAAUUGGAACAGACUCUAAUGCUGCCCUGGGGGCAGUAAUGUUAGUUUGGGUCAAGAUCACUUGAGGCCAUAAGGGCAGACUUCAAGAGCAAAAGGUAUUACAAAAGUAUAAACUGCCCUUGGGGCAGCCAUUUGAAUGCACUGUUGAAAUGCUUCCCCAGGGGAAGUAAUGUUAGUUUGGAUCACGAUCACUUGGUGCCCUAAGGGCAGACUUCAAGCGCAAAAACUCCGCCCUUUUUAGAAAGCAAUCGGAUUUGUUCUGCCCUAAACCAAUCAGAUUCUUUCUGCUCUUAGAACAAAGUUGACUAAACUUUAUGUCAACCUGCAUUUUAGCAGCCUUGUGAGCCAGCCAGUCUGGUAAUACGAGGCUAGCAUUUUAGUGGACUUUUGAAGAAUACUGUGUGGUGUCGAGACAACGAUGCUGACAUGCUGUGAAGACAAGAAAUCCGCUGACACUGUCCUUGAUUAUAAUGGUUUAUUACAUCAAAGAUUACAGUAUCAAUUUACAGACUCCUGCAGAAGUCGGGAGAACAACUGACCCAAUCUCUAAUAUGUUAUUCUCUCAGUCCUUUGUUCAAACCCUGGUAUUUAUAUCCUAUGUAACAUAAUAUGGCGUGAUUUGAAUAGACCAAUCCCUAACCUCCACAUCUCAAAUGUCCUCUGUUUCAAGGGGCCUCUGUAGUAAUGUUUUCCAGAUGUUUCAGCAAAGCAGAGUAAAGUUAAUUUAACCAACAAUAUGCAAACCUCAGCCAAAGUCAUAGAAUCUUCAGAUACUACAACUGUAUAUGAAAAAAAUGAUUUUCAAGUAAAAUUCCCAAUUUUCAAUUUGUUGUAUGGUGUUCCAGAGACUCGCGGGGUCCACCUGAUGGCGUGGAGGGCCAGAGCAGCGCUGCCGUGUGGUGGCGUUUCCUGCUGCGUCGCUGGCAUCGCUUCUGGAGCGCCCCGGUCACUGUGUUCCUAGGCAACGUCAUCAUGUACUUUGCCUUCCUCAUCCUUUUCACCUACGUGCUCCUGCUGGACUUCCGUCCUCCGCCCCCCGCGGGCCCUGGGGCCCCUGAGAUCAUGCUCUACUUCUGGGUCUUCACCCUGGUGCUGGAGGAGCUGAGACAGGUAUGUUGACAUCACGGCUGGGAUCUGAAGCCGGGUCUCCCGCGGGAGAAAAAACAAACGUCUUAAUCGUUAGACCAAGAGGAAAUGCCCUUCUAGGGCUGAGGGUGACACUGGCAGAGCUACCCCAGGAGACCAUGAGCCCAUCCCAUGUCUUCAUCAUUGACAUCACUUCCCGCUGGGCACAGAAGUCAUUUUAACGUCUAGUUUUGAUUUACAUUUGGUUGAGUUGUCAACUAAAGUCCUUGGAUUUAGGUUAAAAGUUGGUGUGAGUGUUAUUUGUUUUUUUUUAAAUAGUUUGAUUACUUUUUGCAAAUCCAAUCAGUUGAUUCAACAUCAUCACAUUGAAUUAUUUUGUUGAAAUUACGUGGAAAAAAAACGUUGAUUCAACCUGUUUUUGCCCAGUGGGCUAGCACAGUAUGUGGGCUAGCACAGUAUGUGUGUCUGAAAUGGCACCCUAUUCCCUAUAUAGUGCACUACGUUCGACAAGGGCCCUGUUCAAAACACUAAGUAGUGCACUAGGAAUAGGGUUCCAUUUCAGUGCUUCUCAACUCUGCUCCUCAGGUACUCUUAUCUUUGCUCACACAGCUCUUCAUAAACUGCAUCAGGUGUGUGGCUAGACAAAAUAUGUGCAGCGUUGAGGAUACUUCGAGGACUGUUGUUGAGGAACAAUGACGUUUAGCCUGGGGAAAUUUAACAUAAAUUACUCAAAUGACCUCAAAUGUUGUGAUACUGCUAAUAGAAUGAUACUGCUAAUUGUGAUUUUCUAACUGAGUGAACUAACGCUUUAUUAACCUGGGCGAUGCAGAGUUUCUUCACAGACGAAGACAUGAGCAUCCUAAAGAAAUUCAAGCUGUACGUGGAGGACAACUGGAACAAGUGUGACAUGGUGGCCAUCUCGCUCUUCGUAAUCGGAGUGUCCUGCAGGUGAGCAGGUGUAGGAUCUUAAUUUGACCAGUUUCGUCGCAACAGUAAAAUAAUCCUGCAGCAGGAGGAAUAUGUAUACAUUUUUUUAAAUUGAUAAUUUCUAACAGGAAAUUCGUUUUGAUAGGCUACAUUAGUUUAGGUGUGAUAUCUAGUGACCUGGUGUCCCAGGUCUUAAUCAGUCCCUGAUUAGAGGGGGGAGAAUGAAAAAAAUCAGUGGAACUGGAGUUCGAGGUCCAGAUUUGAAUUUGAGGGCCAUAGUUUAAUAUAGGUCUAAUGUAGGAUGUAAUUAUUCCAGGAUGGUGAAAGAUACGUAUGAGGCGGGACGCACGGUUCUGGCGCUGGACUUCAUGGUGUUCACACUACGCCUCAUCCACAUCUUCGCCAUCCACAAGCAACUGGGGCCCAAGAUCAUCAUUGUGGAGAGGAUGGUAAAGUAUAGUACUGUUAAAAAGACAAAACGUGUAUGACUACCCCCACAAAGCUUGAUCCGUAAAUACAACGUAGCCCCACUAAACCGAAUUUUGAAAAAUCAAAUGUAUUUGUGUAUCAGGUUUGAGGUCAAUCCAUUUAAAUUCCAGUCAAUUCAGAAAGUAAACCAAAUUCAAAUUUGUAAUUCUUGUCAUUGAAUUUUCUUUUUGAGAAUUGGAAUUGGAAUUCCAGUGUACUCCCUGAAUUGACUUGAAUUUAAAUGCAAUUGACCCCAACCUACAAAUGAAAUUGUGGUUAUAACCAUACUUUAUAAACUGGUACAUUUGUACACUAUAUCUACAAAAGUAUGUGGACAUCCCUUCAAAUUAGUGGAUUUCAACCACACUCAUUGCUGACAGGUUUGCAUAAAAUCGAGCACACAGCCAUGCAAUCUCCAUAGACAAACAUUGGCAGUAGAAUGGCCUUUAUGAAGAGCUCAGUGACAUUCAACGUGGCACCGCCACUUUUCCAACCAGUCAGUUUGUCAAAUUUCUGCCCUGCUAGAGCUGCCCCGGUUAACUGUAAGUGCUUUUAUUGUGAAGUGGAAACAUCUAGGAGCAACAACGGCUCAGCCGCGAAGUGGUAGGCCACACAAGCUCACAGAACGGGACCAUCGAGCGCUGAAGCACGUAGCGCGUAAAAAUCAUCUGUCCUCGGUUGCAACACUCACUAGUUCCAAACUGCCUCUGGAAGUAAUGUCAGCACAAUAACUGUUCGUCGGGACCUUCAUGAAAUGGGUUUCCAUGGCCGAGCAGCCGCACACAAGCCUAAGAUCACCAUGCGCAAUGCCAAGCGUCGGUAUUAGUGGUGUAAAGCUCGCCGCCAUUGGACUCUGGAGCAGUGGAAACACGUUCUCUGGAGUGAUGAAUCACGCUUCACCAUCUGGCAGACCAACGGACGAAUUUGGGUUUGGUGGAUGCCAGGAGAACACUACAUACCCGAAUGCAUAGUGCCAACUGUAAAGUUUAGUGGAGGUAGAAUAAUGGUCUGGGACUGUUUUUCUUGGUUCAGGCUAGGCCCCUUAGUUCCAGUGAAGGGAAAUCGUAAUGCUACAGCAUACAAUGACAUUCUAGACGAUUAUGUGCUUCCAACUUUGUGACAACAGUUUCCUGUUUUAGCAUGACAAUGCCCCCUUGCACAAAGUGAGGUCCAUACAGAAAUGGUUUAUCAAGGUCCGUGUGGAAGAACUUGACUGGCCUGCACAGAGCUCUGACCUCCACCCCAUCGAACACCUUUGGGAUGAAUUGUAACGGCGACUGCGAGCCAGGCCUAAUCGCCCAACAUCAUUGCCCGACCUCACUAAUGCUCUUGUGGCUGAAUGGAAGCAAGUCCCCGCAGCAAUGUUCCAACAUCUAGUAGAAAGCCUUCCCAGAGGAGUUGAAGCUGUUAUAGCAGCAAAGGGGGGGGGGGGGGGGGGGGGGGGGGGGGGGGGGGGCAACUCCAUAUUAAUGCCCAUGAUUUUGGAAUGAGAUGUUCGACAAGCAGGUGUCCACAUACUUUUGGUCAUGUAGUAUAUGUCAGAUGAGGAUUACACGUAAUGUUUGUGCUCUGUUCUUCCUGGCAGAUGAAGGAUGUGUUCUUCUUCCUCUUCUUCCUGAGUGUGUGGCUCAUAGCGUACGGCGUGGCUACUCAGGCCCUUCUCCACCCCAACGACCCGCGCCUAGACUGGGUGUUCCGCAGGGUCCUGUACCGACCCUACCUGCACAUCUUUGGCCAGAUCCCAUUGGAAGAGAUUGAUGGUGAGAUAGAAUGUUUUCUGUUUUCUAGCAAUUUGUGUGCUCUGUUAUAGUCAUAUACAUGCAGUUUCCAUGUAGUUCAGUUUACAAGUAGUUUACACGUAGUUCAGUUUACAAGUAGUUUACACGUAGUUCAGUUAACAUGUAGUUUACAUGUAGUUUGCAUGUAGUUCAGUUUACAUGUAGUUGACAUAUAGUUCCAUUUACAUGUACUUUACACGUAUUUUACAUGUAGUUCCAUUUUCAUGUAGUUUACAUGUAGUUUCGUUUACAUGUAGUAUACUUGUAGUAUACAUGUAGUUCAGUUAACAUGUAGUUUACAUGUAGUUCCAUUUACUUGUAUUUUACAUGUAGUUCCAUUUACUUGUAUUUUACAUGUAGUUUACAUGUAGUAUACAUGUAGUUACAUGUAGUUCAGUUUACAUGUAGUUUACAUAUAGUUAUGUUUACAUGUAGGAUAUACAGUACCAGUCAAAAGUUUGGACACACCUACUCAUUCCAGGGUUUUUCUUUAUUUGUACUAUUUUCUACAUUGUAGAAUAGUAGUGAAGACAUCAAAACUAUGAAAUAACAGAUAUGGAAUCAUGUAGUAACCAAAAAAGUGUUAAACAAAUCAAAAUAUAUUUUAGAUUUGAGAUUCUUCAAAGUAGCCACCCUUUGCCUUGAUGACAGCUUUGCACACUCUUGUCAUUCUCUCAACCAGCUUCAUGAAGUAGUCACCAGGAAUGCAUUUCAAUUAACAGGUGUGCCUUCUUAAAAGUUAAUUUGUGGAAUUUCUUCCUUCUUAAUGUGUUUGAGCCAAUCAGUUGUGUUGUGACAGGGUAUGGGGGGGUAUACAGAAGAUAGCCCUAUUUGGUAAAAGACCAAGUCCAUAUUAUGGCAAGAACAGCUCAAAUAAGCAAAGAGAAACGACAGUCUAUCAUUACUUUAAGACAUAAAGGUCAGUCAAUCAGGAAAAUGUCAAGAACCUUGAACGUUUCUUCAAGUGCAGUCGCAAAAACCAACUCAGUUCAUUAGAGGUAACUGCACCUCAGAUUGCAGCCCAAAUAAAUGCUUCACAGAGUUCAAGUAACAGACACAUGACUACAUGAUUCAAAAUGUGUUAUUUCAUAGUUUCGAUGUCUUCAGUAUUAUUCUACAAUGUAGAAAAUAGUAAAAAUAAAGAAAAACCCUGGAGUAGGUGUGUCCAAACUUUUGACUGGUGCUGUUUGUAGUUCAGUUAACAUGUAGUUUACAUGUAGUUCAGUUUCGUUCGGUGCGACAUCUUGUCAUUCAAUGUAUCUCUUGAAUUGUUAGUGACUAUAAGGGCCCUUGGUGUAAAACAAAGUAUUUCUCCAUGCUUGACCACACUGCCGGGCACUGCUCAGCGGGCAACCUGCGUCUGUGUUAAGCAGUGCAUUUUCUUGUUCGUAAAAAGCAAAUAUCUGUGAACGACAGAUAAUGAAGAACUAUCUUAAUCUAAUCUUCCCAGAGGCACGGAUGCCCGACACCAACUGCACCACGGAGAUAGAGGAGAUCAUCAUGGGAACUCUGCCCCCCUGCCCCAACAUCUACGCCAACUGGCUGGUCAUCCUGCUGCUGGUCAUCUUCUUACUGGUUACCAACGUUCUGCUGCUCAACCUCCUCAUCGCCAUGUUCAGGUCUAAAACUCAACACACGCGGCACUCUGGUCACAGUCAUCGCCCAGGAAAGAAUAGUUCACUCUGAUGAGGGAGCUUGACUUCAAAACAUGUCCCAAUUCAGGGCCAAAUUCAAUUCAAAAUGUGCUCCAAGAAGAGAGGUUUGGAUGUAUUCAUUGACAUCCACAGUGUGAAACCAAAAGAAACUCUCAGGCACAAUCAUUCAAACAUACUUUUGUUGGUUUUUCACUGACCCAGAACACCUGGUAAAACGUUUUGUUUGAGUAAAGCCCCUAGACCUACAGUGUUUUUAAUGAUUUAAAGGAAGUCUGGCCUGAACUUUGACAUUUUUUUUUUUUCCAGUCAUUUAGCAGACGCUCUUAUCCAGAGCGACUUACAGGAGCAAUUAGGGUUAAGUGCCUUGCUCAAGGGCACAUUGACAGAUUUUUCACCUAGUCAGCUCGGGGAUUAGAACCAGCGACCUUUCGGUUACUGGCACAACGCUCUUAACCACUAACCAUCUGACAUGAUUAUUAAUAAUAUUAAUUAUUAGGGUUGUGUAUUUCAUGGGCGUACACAAUUCAACUGUCUCUCUGCCUUGGAUUUUCCACAGAAAAAGAUGAAUACUUACUUAACAGUAUCUCAUGCACUGUAUUCUCACUGUGAUCUUUCGUCCACCUCCGUGCUUACAGCUACACGUUCCAGGUGGUGCAGGGCAACACGGACAUCUUCUGGAAGUUCCAGAGGUACAACCUGAUCGUGGAGUACCACAGCCGGCCAGCCUUAGCUCCGCCCUUCAUCAUAAUCAGCCACUGCUCCCAGCUCCUCCUCAGCCUCGUCAAGAGGCCUGAGCCCAAACUGGAGCAACUGGGUAGGGCCAUAGACAUACGUAUUGACAUCGCAUACAUAUAGUGGGGAGAACAAGUAUUUGAUACACUGCCGAUUUUGCAGGUUUUCCUACUUACAAAGCAUGUAGAGGUCUGUAAUUUUUUAUCAUAGGUACACUUCAACUGUGAGAGACGGAAUCUAAAACAAAAAUCCAGAAAAUCACAUUGUAUGAUUUUUAAGUAAUUAAUUUGCAUUUUAUUGCAUGACAUAAGUAUUUGAUCACCUACCAACCAGUAAGAAUUCCGGCUCUCACAGACCUGUUAGUUUUUCUUUAAGAAGCCCUCCUGUUCUCCACUCAUUACCUGUAUUAACUGCACCUGUUUGAACUCGUUACCUGUAUAAAAGACACCUGUCCACACACUCAAUCAAACAGACUCCAACCUCUCCACAAUGGCCAAGACCAGAGAGCUGUGUAAGGACAUCAGGGAUAAAAUUGUAGAUCUGCACAAGGCUGGGAUGGGCUACAGGACAAUAGGCAAGCAGCUUGGUGAGAAGGCAACAACUGUUGGCGCAAUUAUUAGAAAAUGGAAGAAGUUCAAGAUGACGGUCAAUCACCCUCGGUCUGGGGCUCCAUGCAAGAUCUCACCUCGUGGGGCAUCAAUGAUCAUGAGGAAGGUGAGGGAUCAGCCCAGAACUACACGGCAGGACCUGGUCAAUGACCUGAAGAGAGCUGGGACCACAGUCUCAAAGAAAACCAUUAGUAACACACUACGCCGUAAUGGAUUAAAAUCCUGCAGUGCACGCAAGGUCCCCCUGCUCAAGCCAGCGCAUGUCCAGGCCCGUCUGAAGUUUGCCAAUGACCAUCUGGAUGAUCCAGAGGAGGAAUGGGAGAAGGUCAUGUGGUCUGAUGAGACAAAAAUUGAGCUUUUUGGUCUAAACUCCACUCGCCUUGUUUGGAGGAAGAAGAAGGAUGAGUACAACCCCAAGAACACCAUCCCAACCUUGAAGCAUGGAGGUGGAAACAUCAUUCUUUGGGGAUGCUUUUCUGCAAAGGGGACAGGAUGACUGCACCGUAUUGAGGGGAGGAUGGAUGGGGCCAUGUAUCGCGAGAUCUUGGCCAACAACCUCCUUCCCUCAGUAAGAGCAUUAAAGAUGGAUCGUGGCUGGGUCUUCCAGCAUGACAACAACCCGAAACACACAGCCAGGGCAACUAAGGAGUGGCUCCGUAAGAAGCAUCUCAAGGUCCUGGAGUGGCCUAGCCAGUCUCCAGACCUGAACCUAAUAGAAAAUCUUUGGAGGGAGCUGAAAGUCCGUAUUGCCCAGUGACAGCCCCGAAACCUGAAGGAUCUGGAGAAGGUCUGUAUGGAGGAGUGGGCCAAAAUCCCUGCUGCAGUGUGUGCAAACCUGGUCAAGACCUACAGGAAACGUAUGAUCUCUGUAAUUGCAAACAAAGGUUUCUGUACAAAUAUUAAGUUCUGCUUUUCUGAUGUAUCAAAUACUUAUGUCAUGCAAUAAAAUGCAUAUUCAUUACUUAAAAAUCAUACAAUAUGAUUUUCUGGAUUUUUGUUUUAGAUUCCGUCUCUCACAGUUGAAGUGUACCUAUGAUAAAAAUUACAGACCUCUACAUGCUUUGUAAGUAAGAAAACCUGCAAAAUCGGCAGUGUAUCAAAUACUUGUUCUCCCCACUGUACAUGUAUACUUACGUACUGCAGGUAAAUACUUACACACACGCAUUCACACGUUCAUAUACAGUACAUGUGUUUUUAUAUGUUGUCGGUUGCAAACAGCCCUACUGCACAUCGUAGAGUGAACGUACACAAUGUAAUUAAGUUUAAAAUGAAAAAGAACUCACAUGGACAGUGUACAGGUCCUUAGACCGUGGUGUUGGUGCUAGUAUGUAGAAUCUUACAGAGUGAUGUUGGUGCUAGUAUAUAGAUCUUAAUGGUGUUGGUGCUAGUAUAUAGAAUCUUACGAGUGGUGUUGGUGCUAGGAUAUAUACGAAUCGUACAGAGUGAAGUGGUGUUGGUUGCUUAGUAUAUCGAAUCUUACAGAGAUGGUUGUUGGUGCUAGUAGUAUAUAGAAUCUUACAGAGUGGUGUUGGUGCUUGCUAGUGAUAGAAUCUUACAGCGUUCGGGUGUUGGUGCUAGUAAUAGAAUCUUACAGAGUGGUUGUCUGGUGCUAGUAUAUAGAAUCUUAGAGGGGGGAUGUAUAUAGCAUCUUUACAGGAGUGGGUGGUUGUUGCUGGUGUAUAUAGAAUUCUUACAGAGUUGGUGUUGGUGGAUUAGUAUAUAGCAUCUGACAGAGUGGCGGUUGUGAUAGUAUAUAGAAUCUUACAGAGAUGGGUUGGUGCUAGUAGAUAGAAUUAGAGUGGUGUUGUGUUGCUAAUAUUAUAUAGAAUCUUACAGAGUGGUGUUGGUGCUAGUAUAUAGAAUCUUACAGAGUGGUGUUGGUGCUAGUAUAUAGAAUCUUACAGAGUGGUGUUGGUGCUAGUAUAUAGAAUCUUACAGAGUGGUGUUGGUGCUAGUAUAUAGAAUCUUACAGAGUGGUGUUGGUGCUAGUAUAUAGAAUCUUACAGAGUGGUGUUGGUGCUAGUAUAUAGAAUCUUACAGAGUGGUGUUGGUGCUAGUAUAUAGAAUCUUACAGAGUGGUGUUGGUGCUAGUAUAUAGAAUCUUACAGAGUGGUGUUGGUGCUAGUAUAUAGAAUCUUACAGAGUGGUGUUGGUGCUAGUAUAUAGAAUCUUACAGAGUGGUGUUGGUGCUAGUAUAUAGAAUCUUACAGAGUGGUGUUGGUGCUAGUAUAUAGAAUCUUACAGAGUGGUGUUGGUGCUAGUAUAUAGAAUCUUAGAGUGGUGUUGGUGAUAGUAUAUAGAAUCUUACAGAGUGGUGUUGGUGCUAGUAUAUAGAAUCUUACAGAGUGGUGUUGGUGAUAGUAUAUAGAAUCUUACAGAGUGGUGUUGGUGAUAGUAUAUAGAAUCUUACAGAGUGGUGUUGGUGCUAGUAUAUAGAAUCUUAGAGUGGUGUUGGUGAUAGUAUAUAGAAUCUUACAGAGUGGUGUUGGUGCUAGUAUAUAGAAUCUUACAGAGUGGUGUUGGUGAUAGUAUAUAGAAUCUUACAGAGUGGUGUUGGUGAUAGUAUAUAUAAUCUUACAGAGUGGUGUUGGUGCUAGUAUAUAGAAUCUUACAGAGUGGUGUUGGUGCUAGUAUAUAGAAUCUUACAGAGUGGUGUUGGUGCUAGUAUAUAGAAUCUUACAGAGUGGUGUUGGUGCUGUGUGUUCAGAGAGGGAGCUGCCUGCAGGUCUGGACCAGAGGUUGAUCACCUGGGAGACUGUACAGAAGGAGAACUACCUGGCCAAACUGGAACACCAGCACCUGGAGAGCAGCGAGGAGAGACUGAAGAGCACCUCUUCCAAGUAACCCUUACACAGUGUUUUGUUUUGUAAAUGGUAUUGAUCCAUUCCCACCACGUUAUGUGUGCUGUAUAUUUGUAAUUCUUAUGAACUACCUUUAAGUCAGUCUGUACCCUUCAUUUGUGUCAGUGAUAUUCAAUGUGUUUUUCAAAUGUUUUUCUUUGUGACAAAAGGGUUCAGAGCUUAUUGAAGAUUGUUGGAGGAUUCAAGGAGCAAGAGAAGCGGAUGUCAUCCAUGGAAGCUCAGGUACAAAAAUAGCUAUUUAUUUAUCUUGCCCGGCAUAAUAGAACCAAUAGAGUAGUCCCAAAAGUGCAAACUCGGCCAGACAACACCAGUGAUGGUGCAUGUGUGUGUAUUAUCAAAGGUGUGUCAAUUUGUAAGUCGCUCUGGAUAAGAGCGUCUGCUAAAUGACGUAAAUGUAAUGUAAAUGUGUGUAAUAGGUAUGCCUCUGUCUGUCCCAACCCCAGGUGAAGUACAGUGGGGAGGUGCUGUCCUGGAUCGCUGAGUGCCUUUCCCUGAGUACACUCAAGUGUGAGAGAGAGGCCCCCAGAGUUCCAUGUGAGUGAUGAUGCUAAUGAUGAUCAUGAUGAUACUAGUGAUGAUGCUAGUGAUACUAGUGAUGAUGCUAGUGAUAAUACUAGUGAUGAUACUAGUGAUGAUGCUAGUGAUGAUGCUAGUGAUGAUGCUAGUGAUGAUACUAGUGAUGGUACUAGUGAUGAUGCUAGUGAUGAUACUAGUGAUGAUGCUAGUGAUGAUGCUAGUGAUGAUACUAGUGAUGGUACUAGUGAUGAUGCUAGUGAUGAUGCUAGUGAUUAUACUAGUGAUGGUACUAGUGAUACUAGUGAUGAUGCUAGUGAUGAUACUAGUGAUGAUGCUAGUGAUGAUGCUGGUGAUGAUACUAGUGAUGCUAGUGAUUAUGCUAGUGAUGGUACUAGUGAUACUAGUGAUGAUACUAGUGAUGAUACUAGUGAUGAUACUAGUGAUGAUACUAGUGAUUAUACUAGUGAUGAUGCUAGUGAUGAUGCUAGUGAUGAUACUAGUGAUGAUGCUAGUGAUGAUACUGGUGAUGAUGCUAGUGAUUAUACUAGUGAUUAUACUAGUGAUGAUGCUUGUGAUGAUGCUAGUGAUGAUACUAGUGAUUAUACUAGUGAUUAUACUAGUGAUGAUGCUUGUGAUGAUGCUAGUGAUGAUGCUAGUGAUGAUGCUAGUGAUGAUGCUAGUGAUGAUACUAGUGAUUAUACUAGUGAUUAUACUAGUGAUGAUGCUAGUGAUGAUACUAGUGAUGAUGCUAGUGAUGAUACUGGUGAUGAUGCUAGUGAUGAUGCUAGUGAUGAUGCUAGUGAAGAUACUAGUGAUGAUGCUAGUGAUGAUGCUAGUGAUACUAGUGAUGAUACUAGUGAUGAUACUAGUGAUGAUACUAAUGAUGCUAGUGAUGAUGCUAGUGAUGAUGCUAGUGAUGAUGCUAGUGAUGAUACUAGUGAUGAUACUAGUGAUGAUACUGGUGAUGAUGCUAGUGAUUAUACUAGUGAUGAUGCUAGUGAUGAUGCUAGUGAUGAUACUGGUGAUGAUGCUAGUGAUGGUACUGGUGAUGAUGCUAGUGAUGAUGCUAGUGAUGAUGCUAGUGAUGAUACUAGUGAUGAUGCUAGUGAUGAUGCUGGUGAUGAUACUAGUGAUGCUAGUGAUUAUGCUAGUGAUGGUACUAGUGAUACUAGUGAUGAUACUAGUGAUGAUACUAGUGAUGAUACUAGUGAUGAUGCUAGUGAUGAUGCUAGUGAUGAUACUAGUGAUGAUGCUAGUGAUGAUACUGGUGAUGAUGCUAGUGAUUAUACUAGUGAUUAUACUAGUGAUGAUGCUUGUGAUGAUGCUAGUGAUGAUACUAGUGAUUAUACUAGUGAUUAUACUAGUGAUGAUGCUUGUGAUGAUGCUAGUGAUGAUGCUAGUGAUGAUGAUAGUGAUGAUGCUAGUGAUGAUACUAGUGAUUAUACUAGUGAUGAUACUAGUGAUGAUGCUAGUGAUGAUACUGGUGAUGAUGCUAGUGAUGAUGCUAGUGAUGAUGCUAGUGAAGAUACUAGUGAUGAUGCUAGUGAUGAUGCUAGUGAUACUAGUGAUGAUACUAGUGAUGAUGCUAGUGAUGAUACUAGUGAUGAUACUAAUGAUGCUAGUGAUGAUGCUAGUGAUGAUGCUAAUGAUGAUGCUAGUGAUGAUACUAGUGAUGAUACUAGUGAUGAUACUGGUGAUGAUGCUAGUGAUUAUACUAGUGAUGAUGCUAGUGAUGAUGCUAGUGAUGAUACUGGUGAUGAUGCUAGUGAUGGUACUGGUGAUGAUGCUAGUGAUGAUACUGGUGAUGAUGCUAAUGAUGAUACUGGUGAUGAUGCUAGUGAUGAUGCUAGUGAUGAUACUGGUGAUUAUGCUAGUGAUGAUACUGGUGAUGAUGCUAGUGAUGAUACUGGUGAUGAUGCUAGUGAUGAUGCUAGUGAUGAUACUAGUGAUGGUACUAGUGAUUAUACUAGUGAUGAUGCUAGUGAUGAUGCUAGUGAUGAUACUGGUGAUGAUGCUAGUGUUGAUACUGGUGAUGAUGCUAGUGAUGUAGCUCAGUUGGUAGAGCAUGGCGUUUGCAACGCCAGGGUUGUGGGUUCGAUAAAAUAAUGUAUGUGCUAACUGUAAGUCGCUCUGGAUAAGAGCGUCUGCUAAAUGACUAAAAUGUAAAUGUAAUGAUACUGGUGAUUAUACUAGUGAUGAUGCUAGUGAUGAUGCUAGUGAUGAUACUAGUGAUGCUAGUGAUGAUGCUAGUGAUGAUGCUAGUGAUGGUACUAGUGAUGAUGCUAGUGAUGAUACUAGUGAUGAUACUAGUGAUGCUAGUGAUGAUGCUAGUGAUGAUGCUAGUGAUGAUGCUAGUGAUGGUACUAGUGAUACUAGUGAUGAUACUAGUGAUUAUACUGGUGAUGAUGCUAGUGAUGAUACUGGUGAUGAUGCUAGUGAUUAUACUAGUGAUUAUACUAGUGAUGAUGCUAGUGAUGAUGCUAGUGAUGAUACUGGUGAUGAUGCUAGUGAUGAUGCUAGUGAUAAUGCUAGUGAUGAUGCUAGUGAUGAUGCUAGUGAUGAUACUGGUGAUGAUGCUAGUGAUGAUACUGGUGAUGAUGCUAGUGAUGAUGCUAGUGAUGAUACUGGUGAUGAUGCUAGUGAUUAUACUAGUGAUGAUGCUAGUGAUGAUGCUAGUGAUGAUGCUAGUGAUGAUACUGGUGAUGAUGCUAGUAAUGAUACUAGUGAUGAUACUGGUGAUGAUACUGGUGAUGGUACUAGUGAUGAUACUAGUGAUGGUACUAGUGAUGGUACUAGUGAUGAUGCUAGUGAUGAUGCUAAUGAUGAUACUGGUGAUGAUGCUAAUGAUGAUACUGGUGAUGAUGCUAGUGAUGAUGCUAGUGAUGAUACUGGUGAUGAUACUGGUGAUGAUGCUAGUGAUGAUACUGGUGAUGAUGCUAGUGAUGAUACUGGUGAUGAUGCUAGUGAUGAUACUGGUGAUGAUACUGGUGAUGAUACUAGUGAUUAUACUAGUGAUGAUGCUAGUGAUGAUGCUAGUGAUGAUGCUAGUGAUGAUACUGGUGAUGAUGCUAGUGAUGAUACUAGUGAUGACACUAGUGAUGGUACUAGUGAUACUAGUGAUGGUACUAUUGAUGGUACUAGUGAUACUAGUGAUGAUACUAGUGAUACUACUGAUGAUGCUAGUGAUGAUACUAGUGAUGGUACUAGUGAAACUAGUGAUGGUACUAGUGAAACUAGUGAUGGUACUAGUGAUGAUACUAGUGAUGAUGCUAAUGAUGAUCAUGAUUAUACUAGUGAUGAUCAUGAUGAUACUAGUGAUGAUGCUAUCGAUGGUACUAGUGGUGAUGCUAGUGAUGAUACUAGUGAUGAUACUAGUGAUGAUGCUAUCGAUGGUACUAGUGGUGAUGCUAGUGAUGAUACUAGUGAUGAUGCUAGUGAUGAUGAUAAUGAUGCUAAUAGUGAUGAUGAUAGAGGUGAUCAUACUAUAGUUUUUUAUUUACAACAAUAUGCAGUAGAUGCUAGUGGCUACAAUAAAAAAGUUGUACCUAGUGGUUUUAACUCUGAUUUGCAGGUAUGAAGCAUUGUUGACAAAGUGGGUUUGUGUCCUGGGUGGGUUGUACAGGGAGGAACUCUCUGUUACAACAGCAUAGUCUAAAUGUCAAUAUUUCUUAUAGCUGUCAAGGCUACUGGUUUCACAGGUGCGAAGGCCAGCACUUCCAGAAAUCCCCAUCAGAAUGUGUCAGACAAGGAGGUCAAGCCAGAGAGGAGAGAGGCUAAACCAGGCCCCUCGGGAUACGGCGCAAACAAGAGGUUUCCUUACAUCGACAAAUAA